GACAGCAGCAGCAGCGUCGACCUGGCGCCAUGGCGCCCGCUGCUCGAGGGGUCAGUCACGUCGCUGCCCAUUGUCUUUACCCGGGAUGCCGAGUACUUUUUCGUGGCCGCGGCGUCGUCGGUCAAGGUGUAUGCGCGCGAGACGGGCCAGGUGGUCUCGACGCUGUCUGGCAGUGGCGGCGGCGGCAGCAGCAGCAGCAGCGGGAGCAGCGGGGGCGCGCACACCGACAGCCUGACGGGGCUCAUGCUGAAUCCAUCGAAUGCGACGCAGCUGCUCACCUCGUCGCUCGACGGCACCAUCAAGGUGUGGGACUACCUCGACGCUGCGCUGCUCCGCACCAUCGAUGUCGGCCACGCCGUCUCGCACAUGGCUGCGCACGCUGCGUUGCCACAGGAUACUGUCGUUGUCGCGCUCAACAAGACGUCGUCGGGUGGUGGCGGUGGCGGCGGCGAACGCGAAGGCGACGAGGCACACAACUCCAUCUUUGUCCUCGUCAGCCUGCAUGCAGCUGAAGGAAAGAAAAAGGCUCGACGGCCCAAGCCCUGGGAGCGGGCCCGGCCGCGGCAGACGACGCGGCUGGGCAAGACGCGGGCGUGUGCCGGCAUGGUCUUCUCGCCCGAAGGCAGCUACCUCGUGGCAAUUGGCAACCGCAAGGUGCAAAUUGCACGCACGGCCGCCCUCGCCGAUGGCUUUGUCAAGAUUGUCUCGGAGGAGUCGCUCACCGCCCUCGCCUUCCACCCCACCGACCUCGUCUUUGCCACGGGCGACGUCACGGGCAAGAUCCGCCUCUGGCACCUCCUCAAGACCGACGAGGUCCGGUCGUCGCCGGCCUGGUGGGCCAACCGGGCGGACCGCAAGGCGGCCAACACGCUGCUCCACUGGCAUGCCCACGCCGUCGCUGCGCUCGCCUUUAACCCCAGCGGCGCCUACCUCCUCUCGGCCGGCGAAGAGGGCGUCCUCGUCCACUGGCAGCUCGACACGGGCCGCACCGACUUUCUGCCGCGGCUCGGCGCGCCGAUUGCCUCGGUCGCCGUCGUCGAGGGCAUCGAUGGCCGGGAGCAGGAGUACGCCGUGGCGCUGCGCGACGGCAAGAUCCUCCUCGUGAGCUCCGUCAACCGCAAGGUGCUGCGCACCUUUUCCCGUGUCCUCGUCGAUGCCUCGCGCGACCUCUUUGACGCCGGCCACCUCCAGCGCCUCACCCACCCCCUCGCCGUCGAGCCGGGCACCGGCCAUCUCGUCAUGAUUGCAGGCCAUCCUUCGAGCCUGCAGUUCUUCGAUGUCGACGCCGACGAGCACGUGCUCGAGCUCGAGGUCACACCCACCAACCGUGUCUCGAGGACCGACGAGGUGGCGAUGGAGCCGCCGCGGGUCGAGCGCGUCGCCUUUUCUCGCCCUGCCUCACCCGCCUCUUCUUCUGCUGCUGCUACCACCACCGCUGCCCUCCGGCCCGAGUGGAUGGCGACCAUCGACAGCCGCAGAGCCGGUCCGCGCUUCUCGUCGUCGGGCGCCGACAUCUGCCUGCGCAUCUGGCAGUGGAAGCCCGACGCCUCGACCUACGUCCUCAACUCGCGCAUCGAUGCGCCCCACGGCGAGCACCCAGUCACGGCGCUCGCCUUUGCCUCGAGCUCCAGCUCCAGCAGCAGCAGCGACGCCGGGCCUUUUGUCGUCACGGCCGGCCAGGACGCCAAGGUCAAGACGUGGCGCCUGGCCACGCAAAAGGUCAAGGGCCACCGCACCGAGUCCUUCUGGGUGCCCCGCUCUGUGUUUGGCUACCGCGAUGCCCAGCCGCGCGACCUCGACGUCUCGGCCGACGGCUCUCUUUUGGCCGUCGCCCAGGGCGCAUUCGUCACCGUGUGGGACGUCGCCACCAACUCGCUCCGGCUUGCCCUCGCGGCGCCCGAGCUGAGUCCCGCGCGCAGUGUCCGUUUCGUUGGCCCACAGGGUCGCUACCUCGCCGCGCUUGGCCAGCGGUCUAUCCUGCUCUGGGACCUCAAGAGGACCAUCGUGGCCAACGCUGCCAGCCAGGGCUCCUUUUCCGUCUUUGUCAACAGUGUAAGCGCAAAGGCUCAGCAGUCGAGCAUCGUGCACACGUACCGGUGCGACGACGCCGGCGCCGUUGCUUCCUCGCGGCGACUCCCCUUUGCCGUGCUCGCCUCGACGCCGUCGCCGCUGGCCGAGGAGCGGUGCUAUGCGAUCACGAGCCACUUUGACCUCGUCGAGAUCUCGGCGGCGGCAACGAAGCGGCAGGCCAAGGACGAGGCACGGUCGCUGCGCGCCACACGUGUUGCCCGACGCACGCUCUUCGACGACCUCUUUGGCGCGCCCACGACGCUGGCAGAGGACAGGGAGGAGCAGCAGAGGCGGCGAGAGGCGCUCCUGAGGCAGGCCAUGGCGGGUGCGACGAGCUCGACGAAGCGGGGAAGCUACCUGGAGCUGUUUGAUGCGCCUGCGCACCUCUUGCCGCCGCUGCAGAUGCUCCUCGACCCCUUCUUUGGCAGAAUUCUCGGGCCUGCUGUCCCGGCUGCCUCGGCUGCCUCCAGGGCAGAGGGACCAGCCGUUGCGGGAGGCGAAGGUGACGCGUCAAUGGUCGACGCCGACAACGAAGGAGCAGAGGCAGGAGCAGAGGCAGAGGCAGAGGCAGAGGCAGAGGCAGAGACGAAGCGCCAGGGAGGCAGACAGCCCACGGCCAAGGGACACGGCAACGCGAUGCAGCACAUUGAGCAGCGCAACGACGCCGAGUUCCUCGCGCCCAUCUUCGCCAAGCUCGCCAUGGCCAGCAGCGGCAAGACGGUGCUUGCAGGCGAGGCGAUGGAGAAGGGAGCGAAGCGCGCAGGGACA